CUUGAACUGCGUGGAAUGGAGCCUCCUGCCACCAGCGACCGAGGAGGUGGUUGCGCAGGCUCAGCGGCUGAAGGGCCGUUUCCAGGGGGAUCCUUCUUUUGAGCAUGAGAACAGUGAAGUGAAUGCAGAAGAUGCUGAAACGGUUGAAGGUGAAAAGGAGCCCGUGAUGAAGGAAGAGGCUCGCCUGGUAGCUACGAUAGAACAGAUAGACAGAGCAGUUGGUAUCAUCCCCCGGGGGGCAUUUGUGAAGACUCCUUCUGGGUCUGUGCAUGAAAACAGAAGCUUUGAAGGUCUUUCUCUGAUGGAGGCAAAAAAGUUAAGUUCCUAUUUCCAUUUUACUGAGCCUGUUAACCUGAAGAAUAAAACCCUGCUGGAAAAGGCUGACCUGGACCCAUCCACUGACUUUCUAGACUCUCUGGAGCAUGAUAUCCCACCAGGCUCCUGGACUGUCCAGCUCGAGAGGGGAGGCACUGUGGUGGUACUACGAAGCCUGCUGUGGCCAGGGCUGACAUUCUACCAUGUCCCAAUGACCAAGCAAUAUGGCUACAUCUACUUUGGCACUGGUGAGAAGAAUUUAGAUCUGCCCUUCAUGCUGUGA